CUAGAGUUAUGUCCCUUUUUUGCUAGAUAUUUUGUCUUGGAGCACGUUGUUUAAUGUUGAAAUCAGUUUUGACGGCUUUUCAACUUCGAUCUACAAUGAGUAUAUUCGUUUCCCAGUUCAAUCCACUCCUGGGGAAGAAUGAAUGGGUGUUACAAGACGAAAAUUAUGAUUAUCACCAAGAAAUAGCUCGCUCUUCAUAUGCUGAUAUGCUACAUGAUACCGAACGAAACCAGAAAUAUUUUAAAGCCCUUAAAAAGGCUAUUGAACAACGCCGAACAAUGAAUGAACAAGUUAAUGUUCUUGAUAUUGGUACUGGUACUGGAUUGCUGUCUAUGAUGGCUGCUAAAUGUGGAGCAGAUUCUAUCACAGCAUGUGAGGCAUUCACACCCAUGGCUGAAUGUGCAAAGAAAGUAAUAAAAAGAAAUGGUUUUGAAGAUAAAAUUAAAUUAAUUCCUAAAAGAUCAACAGAAUUAACUGUUGGUGAAGGUAAAGACAUGCUCCAAAAAGCUAACAUCCUUGUUACUGAAGUUUUUGAUACUGAACUUAUUGGAGAGGGUGCACUUAGUACUUAUUACCAUGCACUUCAGUAUCUUCUUGAGCCUAACUGCUCUGUGGUGCCUCAUUCUGCAAGAGUGUAUGUUCAGUUGGCGCAGUGUCCUUUGGGAAAAAACUGGAAUGAAGUUCAGCCUAUCACUAUUGAUAAAACCAAAUCUAUUUCUGUACCAAAAGAAAUGCAUAAUUGCAGUGGAGCUUUACAUUUGCAUGAUCUACAGCUAAACCAAUUGCACCAGUCUAAAUUCCAGCUCAUAACAGACCCAAUCACAGUAUUUUGCUUUGAUUUUAGUGACAAAGAAAAAUUAGUCACUGACAAAAAUCUAAAUUCAGCAGAACCUUUUAAUGCAAAAUCAUUGGCACACAUCACAGCAAACUCCAGUGGUACUAUAGAUACAUUAUUUAUGUGGUGGGAUCUAGAUAUGGACAAAGAGGGAGAGAUUCUAUUGAGUUGUGCUCCAUACUGGGCCCAUCCAGAGAGAAAAGAAGUUCAGUGGAGAGAUCAUUGGAUGCAAGCCAUAUAUUACCCAUCAAAAUACAUAGCAGUUGAAGCUGGAGAAGAAGUUUCCCUAACCAGUUGCCAUGAUGAGUACAGCUGGUGGUUUGAUGUGUCUACUAAAAAGGAGCCUCAAGUAUCCAUCAGUGAUGUCUUGCCCGUGUGUAGUUGUGGCAUACACUUAACUUAUGGCAGAAACCGUUUAGGAAUGUUGAAUGACUCUGUUCGGAACCAAGUUUACGUCAAUGAACUAAAGAAGGUUAUCAAUAAGGAUACUGUUUGCCUAUCUAUUGGAGAUGGUUCUUUAAUUCCUCUUAUUGCUGCUAAGUUAGGAGCCAAAAAGGUUUUUGCUGUUGAAACCCAUAAACACAAUUAUCAAAUCAUAGAGAGUUUUAUUAAAAGUAACAAUGCCGAAGGUGUUAUCACAUUAUUAGACAAAAUACCUACAAAGCAGCAGUUUGAUUUAAUGAAGGUUGAUAUCGCCAUAGGAGAACCAAGUUUUAAUUCUUGCCUGCUACCCUGGCAUAAUUUGCAUUUCUGGUACAUUCUCAGCGAAUUAUCUUCCACACUUACAUGUUACCCCAACAAAAUGAAAAUCUUUGGAAUGGCCAUGCAAUUUAGAGACCUUUCAAAAAUUCGUUCAGCAGUAAAAACAUGUGAAGGAUUUUGUUUAGAGGAAUUUGAUUCUAUGAUUGAGGAUUCCUCACUCAGAGUUGACCGAAAUAUUGAAGCUGAAGUACUCUGGGAAUAUCCAGGCAAAGCACUUUCUGAACCUCUUGAAAUUGCUUCUUUUGAUCUUUCUUCCAUUUUUGAAGAGAAUAAAGUGUAUAAUGAACACACACUAACAUUUACCAGAAAUGGAACAUGCAAUGGUAUUGCAUUCUGGGUAGAAUUCCAAUAUGGUACCACAACGAUUAGUACAGGCAUAAUAAACUCUGAAGAGAAAACAUCAGAUGGCUAUGUUACUUGGGAUAAACACACACGCCAAGGAGUUCAUUUGCUUAACCAACCUAUUGAUGCUACCUCUAAUGGAAAAUUUCCUGUCACUUUAACUUAUCAUCCUAAAUCUGGUCAAAUCAAUAUAGAAUUUUAACCAUUUAAGAACUAUGGAAAAAUUAAAUUGCUUUUAUCAAAAAUA